AGCAGGGGUUUAAGCUUUUGUAUGCUGCUGACAAAGGCCAGCAGCGGAGAAGUGAAGGACGGAGGAGGAGGAGGAGAGCUCUUUUCGUUACAAAAAUUCGCCUGUACAGCCCACAUUAGAAGGAGAUCAGCAGUUGCAUGGGACGAUGGAAACCACAAGGCUCCGAUUGGAGUUCACAGAUAAAGAGGGCAUUUUGAGCCAGUCCCAAAAAUCAGAGGGGCUUCAACGGUGCUGGCUUCUCCUUAAACCCCACCACCACAAAACCAUCGCUGACCUCGCUGCUUACAUUCUUCACGCUUUUCAACUUCAACCCUCUUGCCCUCAUGGCCUCUCUCCUCUACAUGGGUGGCUACGUGUUACCAGAAAGGACUCACUUGGCUAUUCGGGAACCAAUCCAAUCAAUUUAGUUGCGGAAAUGGAAGCUGUGGAGCAGCAACCUGUAAAUACUGGAGCACUGCUUUUAGCAAAUGAGGAAUUCGAGAAGGAAACUGGAGGUUAUCAGACAAGAUGGUGUCCAUGCAGCAAAGGAGAGUACUCACAAACAGAAAAGGUACCUGAGAUCAAGAAGAAAAAUGAAAGUGAUAAUGCUGAACAAGGUGAUGGAAGUAUUGUGGCUUCACCAAAUAUGAAGAGCAGUGACCCGACUCAAAAAAAUGGAGAGGAGACUGAAAAAGUAUCUGGGGGAACAAAGAAGCUCCCUAGCAGAAGUGCAAGGCGCAAAAAAGCUAAGAGGCGGUGGAUACGUGAAAUGGCCAAAAUUCAGAAGAAAGAUACCAUUUCUCAACCUAAGGAAAUUCAAAAUUGGAAAAAGAAACCAGUUAGAGCUGAAGUGAAGAAGUACAACAACUGGAAACAGAGACCAGCCAAACCUGAUGUAAAAGAAGAUGAUGGCCAACCAAAGGGACUGCUAUACUGGAAGCAGUGGUCUGGAAAAGAUACAAAUACUGAUAAGAGAAAACAUGGAGAGGCAACUCAAAAUGGCAGUGCAUCUGAGCAAUCAAAUCAGAAGAAAAGCUUGGAUGAUGAAGUUGUUCCGAUUGUAAUUAGGCCUGAUCAAGCUGAGGCACAAAAUCAAGUCUCAGAGGAAUCUUUCCAGUGGAAUGGAAUCACCAGCAAAAGAAAGGGCCAAAAGUGGGGAACUGAGAAAAAUUCAUUUUCCAGGAGAAAUGAUUAUAAUAAUGCCAACAGAGACCGUCCUGUGACAUUAAGUGCCCCGAAAGAUGUACAUUUGAAUGGACCAAUUGAUUUUGAAAAGCUUCCUCUCCUUUCCUAUAUGCCAAAGGUAGGUGAUGUGAUCGCGUAUCGCUUACUUGAGUUGUCGUCAACCUGGACUCCUGAAAUUUUCUCCUUUCGAGUUGGGUAUGUCUCAUGGUGUAGUUCAAAAUCUGAUAAACUCAUUCUGAUGCCAGUCCCUGGGUAUCCAGUUACUACAAAGAAUGCGGAUGAAGAACCUGAUAAGCAGCCAGAUGACUCCCUUUACAAAGAAGAUGGAUCUUUGAGGUACUUUAAAGCUGAAGGACCACAGUUUAAAGCUCCUGUUGCUUUUAUUAUACUAAUAACUGUAUGCAUAAACCUGCAGAUAGGUUUUGCAACUCUUAUUGAUGUUCGUGUUGUCAAAGAUGGCCAUGAAGGUUCAACUGAAGCAGUAACUGGUGAGGCAAAUGGAGGUCCUGCAGCUACUGAGAAUGCUACAGUUUCUGAUCCACCUGCCAAUAAUGAGACACAAAUAGAUGCCCCUGCCCCCGGGAGUGGAGAAGCAAAUUGUGGGAAACAAAAAAGUGCCUCAGGCUCAGAAAAUGGAGGAAACAUAUGGGAGCAAUUGAGUGAGGCUUUGAAUGCCAAGAAGGAAGAACUCUCCCAAGGAAACUCUUGGGAUAAGGCCAGUUCAGGGAAAAGCUCGUGGUCCUAUAGAGCCUUAAAAGGUAGUGCCCUCGGCCCAACAAUGGCUCUGUUGAGAUCUAAAAACAAGUUAUGAGAUGAAGAGAAGGCAAGUUGGGGAUAAAUUUUGCUAUGGCGUUGCUUUUCCCCAACUAUUUUUGUUAAGUCUGGCUUGUGACAUUUAGCCUUUGUAACUUCUGAACCUGCAUAUAUUCGGUUGUGCUUACCAAGCUGAAGCCUACUGUGAAUAUCGCAUUAGAAAUUCCCGCUUUCUUCAUCUAUGCGAACCUUUAUUGGAUCACUGCUUUCCUUGAUAAUGUGUACCUGGUGCUAAUUAACAUCACUUUUGAGGUCAUUUGCAUUCUGGAAAAA